UAAAACAAACACUCGAAUUCAUAGAGAACUAUUGUCAUAGAAUAACUAUCUGAAUAGUUCAGAUGUACAAAACAUAUAUUAUUAUUUAAUACAUAAUGGGUACAGCCAAUCUGGAGAUGCCGGAAUUGAUUUCCUUGAGCGGUCGCACCAAUCAUUUGGCACUGCCCGAAGUGAAGCGUAUUACAGACAUGCGCAAAUUUAUGAAUGAAUCAAAGAAUACAAGUAUUGAGAAACUAACAGAAUUUAUCGCUGGCCAAGAGCAACAGUGCCAAGAUAUAACAAAGCUGCUUAAAGAGCAGGUGCAAUUGAAAAUGGAUGCACUGCGCCAGGUGAAGGAGGAUAUGCUAGAGCUACAGCGUCAGCUGAAGGCGCCCGAUGCCAGUGAACGCUUCACAAAAGGUCACAAGGUGCUGGUCAAGUUUUUCGACGAGACGGAAAUCAAUGAAUACGAAGUGCCCGAUGCUCUGGCACGCUAUAGCCUGAAGAUGAGUGCGCUCUAUGGCGAAAUCCUGGCCCUGGACAGCGAUGUAGACUAUGUGGGCUAUCUGGCAAGCAUUGCCAAAGUGAACAAGGAAUAUGUCGUGGAUUGGUCCAAGCGUGAAGUAAUCAACAAGACCAAGGUAAAAAUCAUUAGAGUUAAAACCCCUGAGAAAACUUAAGGAUAUAUAUUUAUGUAUGUAUAUGUAGAUUUUUAAGUUUAGGCUGGAGCAUGAAGCUGCAUUAGUUUGUAAUAGCUUGGCUAAAAUUCAAUAUUUGUAUCAUAUGCGGGCCUAGCGGGUACCAUAUAUACGCAUUGUUAACUAAAUUGAAAAUGAUAAAAAUAAAUUAUCACGAAUUAU